AUGUUCCACAAUUUUGAAUCCCAGCAGUACCCACUGGCCAAACGUCGCAAGGUCGGCCGCGGCCGGGCCUGCGACUUCUGUCGAGCCCAGCGGGUACGAUGUGACUCGUUUACACCUUGCUCCCAAUGCGAGGAGAACCACGUCCUCUGUAGUCGUCCCCAGUCUCCAGAGAGACAUUUUCCUAGAGAGGAUCGCUUUUCCCAACAAGCGGGCCCAGGCAUACCUCGAUUUGCUCCUGCUUCUGAUAGGCUUCGCGUCGAUGGAGCCCAAGCAGUGACUACGCCGCAAGAGAGACUCGUCUCGGGCCACGAUGAUGGCAAAAGACCUUGGACUAGAAAAAAUCCUCCUCCCAGACAAGCGGGGUCAAGUCUAUCCCGAAUUGCCCCUGCUUCUGAUAGCGCUGAGGACGAUGAUAGUCUUCAGUUUCCGGAGGGCCUUUUGACUGGAAAUGAUCCUCCUUCCCGAGAAACGCGGGCAGACCUAUCCCGAAAACGCGGCCGGACCCAUCUCGAAUCUUCUGAUAGCGCCGAGGAUGAUGGAGUCCAAGCCUUGAUUACACCGCAAGAGACUUCUGUCUCGGGCCAUGACAAUGGCAAAAGAGCCCAGCAAGAUGACCCUGCGUCGAUGAACAGUCGGCUAGAAUCAAUGACAGGUUUUAUCUCCCGCCUGAAUGCGUUCUGUUCUGGAAUGUCGCAGCUCUCGCAAACUUCGCCUACAGAUGACCCCCUUCUGACCUACACAUCACCGUUCGGUCCACACCUUCUGGAGGGGGCUCAUCCGACAGAAUGCGACCUCUCCCCUGUCCAGGUUGACCGUCUUCUGGAAAUAUUCUGGGCCCGUUUGCACCCGUUGAUUCCUAUUCUCAGUCCUGAAGACAUGAAAUCCCACUCACCGCUUCGGGACGCAGUAACAGCGUACGCAAUGCAGUAUGCAUUCUACUCGGGGCUGCAUUCCAGACUGCUGGGGCUCCAAUGGAAGCAGUUCUCGAAGGACAAUCGAUGCUCCAGAGUAAUCGGCAUGUCGUACCUACAGCGCUGUCUAGCCAGUGCAACACAAUUCUCGACAUUCGCGGAGCCGUCCCUCCCCAUUCUCCAAUGUUACUGCAUAAUGACUCUCUACCUCCUCGACGCCGGCCAGCAUCAAGCAGCGUAUAACAUGAUCGGACUGGCGGUUCGAAUGGCUCGAUCAUUGAACUUCGACAGCGAUGCACCUGCUGGGGUCUCUCCCGAGGAAAUGGACCUGACAUCUCGCAUCUGGUGGACACUGGUUCAUCUGGACUUUCGCUGCUCAAGACACCUCGGCAAGCCGUUUAGUGCCCAGCUCCCUACAAUAAGAUCUACGCCACCUUGCCGUCUAUCAAACAGUCCACCGGGAUCGGACUACUUUCCAUACCACACUCAAUCCAUCCAACUAACAUAUCUGGCUCUUGGGGUUAUCGAAUCAAUCGCUCGAGACAAAACCCCGAACCGAACACACGACGCAGAAUCCCAAGCCGAAGCCCUCACCCGGAAUCUCUGGCGACUCGAUAAAUGGCGAAUCGCCCUGCAAAAGCACGACUGGUUCCAGCACCUUCAACUCGGCGUCCCUGAAAUGCCGCAGCCACCCGAAUUCCUACCAACCGAAAACGCAGACACCAACAAAAUCACCUACAUGAAUCGACCACCACUACAGCACCAGCUCUCCACCCUCUUGGAGCUUCAAUAUCGCGACAUCAUCAUCAGCCUGCAUCGCGUCUUCAUCCAGUUUCCCACCCAACCCCUAGUUCCUAAAAGUAGUCCCCAAGCUGAAGCCCACGCCGCCACAGCGCUCAAACACGGCCUGGCGACGAUCGAAACCGUCCAUCGCUGCAUGUCGCAAUCAGACCUGUUCUUCGGCUCUUGCGAACUCUACCAGUAUCAGUGGAAUGCCGUCCUCACGUUAAUGGGCUUCAUGCUUGCGUAUCCAUUCUGCCAUCGCUGUCCGAUAGCGAGAGGGUACAUUGAUAUGGCGCUGGAAACCUUCGAGUUCGCCGGCCCGAAGAAUGAUGUUGCCGUGAGAGCGGCUUGUUUGACACGGUACCUCCGUGCGAAAGUGGAUAAGCUGACGAUGAUUUUGAAUAUCGAUCAUCGGAAAGCGGCGGAGACGUCGGCACAGUUGGGCGAUGUUAGAUCGGGUGAUGCUCCCACUGCUCAAGGCGGUGACCCGAACGAGAGUGCUACGAUUGACAGGGGCAUGGGUCUUAUGUCGGACGUGGGACAAGAGGGUGAUGGUAAUACGUUGUGGUCUUGGGUCGAUCUGAUUGAUCCGGAUGCUUGGCCGAGUUAUUGUGAUGAGGUUAAUGAGGUGUUUAUGAGAGGUUCGGAUGCGGAUUUGUUCCAGAAUGCGUUCUACUCUUGA